UUGAAGGGCAAUGUGAGCAGCCGUGAGCCGUCGUCAGCCGUAGCAAAGCAUGUGAGAUGUGAUAUGAGGAUUAUUGCCGUUUUAAAAACAAGGACCGCGCCUGAUAUCAGUUUGGGGAACCUCUAUGAAAAUGUGCGGAAUCGGGUUAUGUGUGAAGAUAUUUUGUGUGGGAGCCCCAACAGAUUCUACGGCAAGUCUGAAUGCAGACACGGUGAAACUUCUAAAAAGACGUGGCCCAGACAGCUGCACCAUAGAGGAGGUGAAAAUGGAAGACGGUACGACGAUGACCCUUCUGGCAGCUGUGCUGGGCUUACGAGGCCGAAAAUUAACUACACAACCCGUUAAAGAUGAAAUGGGGAACAUGCUCGCAUGGAACGGUGAAAUCUUCGGCGGUGUUAAGAUCACAGAGAAUGAGUGUGACACUACGUUUUUGCUGAACACGCUGUCUCGGUGCUCCAGCGAAUCGGAACUUCUGAACUCUAUUUCUAGCAUUGAAGGUCCAUGGGCUUUAGCUUACUUCAAGAGAAAUGAACAACAGCUCUGGUUUGGGCGUGAUGUUUUUGGAAGAAGGAGCCUACUCUUUCAAAACUCGGGAACUGGAAUAACGCUAGUUUCUGCAGUAGCCGCAAAAUCACGAGAGAUGUGGACUGAGCUUCCAGCAAAUGGUAUCUACUGCUUGGACUUGAAAGCAAGUUCCGAAGCCGGAUGUCUCUGCGUGCGCUUCUUCCCGUGGAGUCGGCAGCCAUCGGGUUCUCCUUUUGACCCCGCAACGUGGCAGCAGACGCUUCUUCGGGAGACCCUUGCCUGUGCAGUGGACCCCUGGCUACCCACUCCCUUGAAUGUCACUUUGCCUGAUGGGACAUGCCCUGAAAUGCCUCCUGUAGGACGGCCCUUCUUUCGGAGGGUUCUUCGGGAACAUCCAGAGUUUACAGAGUCCGUGUCGCAGUUCGAACGUGUCCUUACUGAGGCUGUGCGUGUCCGCCUGGCAAACCAUCAGAUGGUGUGCAGAGCAUGUAUCCCAAAGCAGCGAUAUGCACCUAUUGAGUCGCAGGAGUGCACACAUUCUGCUGUUGCAGUUUUGUUUUCCGGAGGACUGGAUUCCAUGGUUAUUGCAGCCCUCUGUGCAAAGAUCUUGCCAAAGAAAUGUCCAGUAGACCUCUUAAACGUGGCCUUCCAGCACCAAGUGCAUAUGAUUGACAGCCGGACGAAAACAAAGAAAUGGUUCACAUCCUACGAGGCACCUGACAGGCUUAGUGGCCGUUUGGGCUUGGAUGAAUUGCAGAAGGCUUAUCCAGACCGGAAGUGGAAUUUCAUAGAGAUCAAUGUUAACAAGGAGGAGCUCCAGAAAGAAAGGACCGUGCACAUAAAAAAGCUAAUCUACCCACUGAACACGGUUUUAGACGACAGCCUCGGUUGUGCUCUUUGGUUUGCAGCAAGGGGAAGAGGGAAGAUUAUUGGAACUGAAGCGGAAGAAUAUGAAUGCCCUGCAAGGGUUGUCUUAUUAGGCAUGGGUGCCGAUGAACAACUAGGCGGUUACUCGAGGCAUGUGCUCAAAUACAAAAACUUUGGCUGGCAAGGACUUGUGGAUGAAAUAACGAUGGAGCUGAAUAGGAUAUCGUCUCGCAACAUGGGACGUGAUGACAGGAUAGUGUCAGAUCAUGGUCGCGAGCCAAGGUUUCCAUUCCUGGACAAGAACGUCGUCAACUUCCUCAACAAAAUCCCCAUCUGGAUGAAGGUGAACCCCCAUCUACCAAGAGGCAUAGGCGAUAAAAUCUUGCUACGUCUGGUGGCAUUCCACCUAGGACUGGAAGAAACUGCUUGCAGGCCCAAACGAGCAAUGCAGUUUGGUUCUAGAAUUGUUCAUGCAGAAGAAGACCGUGCCAGAGGUUCCGAUGUUUGCAAGAAGCUCCAAGACCUGGACCUCGGCUCUGUUCCUGAGAGCGAGGUGGCCUUCUGGAAAUCGUGAGCAAAAUUCCUUUGCCAUUCACACAGUGUUCCAGAAGAUGGGCUGAACUGGCACUGAUGUAUAGAAAAAAAAUUCGUUGUACAUAAUAAAAGGUGCCUGUAUC